AUGGAUAUUAAUGACAAGAGGUCAAACACCAUCAAGGACUACGAACAGGGCCGCUAUGGUUCCUUUAGCUCUACUGGCAGUCACAUACAAUGGGACGAGAGCUCUGAGCGACCCGGACGCGCAUCUAGAACUGAAUCGCCACAUAUGACCGAUCACAACGGUCAAUUAAGGCAUAGAAGGUCCUCCCUGUCUAUGCGCAUACAGAACCUUGCUGAUGCAGGUGGUGUCAACUCCUUGAACAAUUUUGCCCGUUCCUGGCAGCGCGCCGUUGGUUUCCACGAGAUCACCCAUGUGCGGAAUUCGUUUCGUAUAUCUGAUACUGGGGACGAUGAUGAUACACAGCAAGAUGAUGUGGACACACCGACCGCAGAGACUGGACCGCGAAGCUACCGCUCGCUUCUACGCUCUGCUCUAGAAGAGGAAGGACGGCGGGCCUCUAAUGAAGGCGCCACAGACCAUGCAGUCGAAGAUGACGAGUCGACAGUCGAGACUUCCGGUCUCUUGCAUGUCUCAGGAGAUGAAAGGAGAAGAAUUCGAGACGAAAGCAUUUUUUCUAUCGAGCCUUCGCUGUCGUCGCCUUUUGGCGGAAGUUAUGGGACCAUGUAUGGGAGUCUUGGCUCUCGUAUCAAUGACUCCGCAAAGAUGCAUGCUGGAAGACUAUUCACCGAACAACAACUCAAAGGCGUGACCGAGCCUGACGAGCAACGUGAACCUCUUCUCGUGAAGCAGGUGGAAGAAGAUGGCCAAAUCAUCAAUGUUGUGGUUGGACAGUCAACAUUACCACAAACCAUAUUUAAUUCUGUCAACGUGCUCAUUGGGGUUGGACUAUUGAGCUUGCCCCUGGCUCUGAAAUACUCUGGGCUGCUGAUUGGACUCAUCUUUUUCACUUAUUCAGCCGUCGCAACGGCAUACACGGCGAAACUCCUUGCCAAAUGCUUGGAUGUGGAUAAUUCGCUAAUAACAUUCGCGGAUCUUGCGUUUGUCUCGUUUGGCAAGAAAGCCAGGAUUGCUACAAGCAUUCUGUUCAGCCUAGAGCUGAUUGCAGCUUGUGUAGCACUGAUCAUUCUGUUCGCUGACUCUCUCAAUGCCCUUAUUCCUGGCUGGGGUGUUACUGGAUGGAAGAUUCUUUGUGGUUUGAUCUUGAUCCCAAUCGGAUUCCUCCCGUUACGACUCCUGAGCUUUACCAGUAUUCUAGGUAUACUGUGUUGUCUUUCAAUAUUCCUCAUACUUGUCGUGGAUGGUCUGAUCAAACCAGAACAACCAGGAUCACUUCUUGAACCAGCUCAACAGUACCUGUUCCCAGAGAACUGGCUAACCAUUCCUCUGAGUUUUGGGCUAUUGAUGUCACCAUGGGGUGGUCACAGUGUUUUUCCAAACAUUUACAGGGAUAUGCGUCAUUCAUAUAAAUACAGAAAAGCCAUCAACAUCACAUAUAGCUUCACACUCCUUCUUGAUCUCGGCAUGGCUGUCAUAGGAAUCCUUAUGUUCGGCGAGGAUGUACGAGAUGAGAUUACUUCCAAUAUUUUCAUGACCUCUGGUUAUCCUGCCGGACUCUCGGUUAUCCUCGCAAUUUGUAUUGCCAUUAUUCCGCUUACUAAAGUCCCUCUAAACGCUCGGCCGAUCAUCAGCACCGUGGAGAUCUUCUGUGGCAUCGAUUCUCGAGCAAUCGCGUCCACCCCUUCAAUGGCCGGUAUGUCCGGCUGGAACCGCGGCCUCCUCAUGAUCACUAUCCGGGUCAUCAUGUACAUUGUCUUUGUCCUCAUUGCGAUCGUUUUCCCAAGUUUUGAUCGCAUCAUGACCUUACUUGGCGCUAUUGCAUGUUUCACAAUCUGCAUCAUUUUGCCGCUGGCGUUCCACUUGAAACUGUUUGGCAAGGAGAUGCGACGUAGGGACAAGGCGUUUGAUUGGACUUUACUUAUUGUGUCCGUGAUCAUGGCGGUCGUGAGCACAGUAUUUGCAUGCUUGCCCAAGGACUUAAUUGGCGCAUGA